UGAAUCCCAGACUAAUAAUCAAAAUAAUCAUAUCCACAUCUCAUCCAAAUGCCAAGAAUCACAGGGGAGCAAAAAAGAAGACACUGUGAUGGGAGAAGAUAUGAGAAUGAAAGCCAUGCUGGGCAGAAUGAACCAGUGCCCCGACCAGUUGAUGAACAGAGUGUCCAGAAGGAAAGUUAGCUGCCGCAUUGUCCAAGAGGAAGGGGCUGCUUUGCCUGCUCCUGCUACUACUAGCAUCACAUCCCAUGGGCACACCUGUACUCCAGGUGCUCCUGCUCGGCCGGUGUACCUUCAAGAGACUGGGAACUGGAAGGAGGCCCAAGAGCAGUUGCUCAGAUACCAGCUGGCAGGCCAAGAUCAGCUGCUGCUGCUAUGCCCAGACCUCAGACAAGAGAGGCAGCAUUUGCCAGGGCAGAGUUGGCUGAGUAAGAAAAGUGGCAACUUGGGGCUUUCCCUAGAGAAGAAAGCCUCCUGUGGGGCCACUGAGGCAUUCUGCCUUCAUUCAGUACACCCAGGAACUAUUCAGGAGCAGCUGUGAUCAGGAACGGUGUGGGCAUUUGGCCUGAAAGGCAGAAUAUUCCAAAUAUUUCUGGAUAAUAAGCAGGGGAAGUGAGGACUGUUUUGCUGGAACAACUGAGAAGAGAGAAUGUGGACUCUGAAUCCCUUUUUCGACUUUAGAAUGGAAAACAGUUAUACAAAUGCGUAUAGACUAAAAAAUGCCUGAUACAUCUUUCACAGCUAUCACAAUCCUAGUUCAAUGCCAGGAAAAUGAUGACACUUGUUAAUUAUUUACCAGUUUGUGACUUAAGCCUGAUUUCAACAACUUAAUAAUGGCAUAAUACUGACUUAUACCAGCAGAGAUUAUUAUUAAGCAGUCUCUGGGUUGACCACCCACAGUGCUUUGAGCUUCUCUUAUGGAAGGGAUCAUGAAAAGGUCUGGUCAGCAACAGUUAAUUCCACUCUGUUACAGAAAAGCAUUUCUUUAUCCGCUAGUAACAUUUGAAGGGACAGUUCAACACCCUGCUCCCUGAUCUGUCAGUGCUUACAUUCCAAACACAAGUCAACUUCCUGGCUUUUUACAAGUGGAUUUUAUUUCAUGGUUUAAAUUCAAUCAUUAUUGGGAGCCUACAGUAGUGCGAGCAUAUCAAAUUUGCACUUCAUGAGUAUUUACACAUGAAAAUUUAUAUUCUCAUGGCCGUUGCUGAGAGUUUAGUUAAGGACAAAGAUGUAAAAAUACCAAGUCUGGGAAAGGAAAUUGUCUAUGGACCACUAUUGUAUUUUUCAGUGAUUCUGUUAGUAGCUGGGUCACAUUUACAACUGGAAAAGAACUACACUGGGAGGUCAGAGAUAGCCAAGUAGCAAGUAGAUGAUCAGCUAACUCCUUUAUCAAAGAACUGCUUUUUGGAGAAGAUGAUGCAUAAAGCUGUGCAAUGAAGGAGAGGCGAGAUUAUGUCACGUGCAACUGUUCUAGGCUGUGCUGGGAGGUUAAGUGGAGAUCAGAACAAAGGUACGCCUGGUAUUGAUACAUUUGGUAAGGGUGUUAAAGGCAGUUUCACCAGAUUCACACAUUUGUAUAGGGCUUAUUUCUUUUCAAACUGAAGAAUACUUUAAGCAGCCUGACUGUGUCCUUGGCUCUGGAUCCAGAAGGCCUUAAUGCUUCAAGCGUGUAAAGAAAAGACGGCAGGAAUGAGGAGAGCUUCCAAGAGAUUGCUCUCAGCUUUUCCUGAUAAUCCUGAAAACCAGGAUUUUCUAAUCUCUGCAGGGUUAAGGGGUUGUGCUGUGGUUGAGUUGGAACAGAGAAAGAAAACACACUCUUUCACUGCUUUAUUCUAAAUAAUGAUGCCCAGGAAUUGGUUCUGUGGGAAGUACUGGCAGAAAGCUGUUUUGUCUGCAGGACAUCAAGAAGGAGGUGUAUAUCGUCCUACUAUUGGCAGAAACGUUUUAACCUCUUCUUUAGGUGUCUGGUGAGUAUCUCAGAUCUUAAGGCUGUCCCUGAAAGGAGGUAGGUAGUUUUCUCUGUGGUCACUGUGUUGGAUUUGCAAGAAAAUAUAAAUAGAUGUUAAGGUCAGUGCUCCCCAGGAGAUUUUAAUCCAGGCUAUCUGUGUUCAGAGACAGAUUUGCAGGACAAUUGGUUUAUAGAAGUUUACUCUGGAAGUACAAGCUGGCUGCCUGCUGAGUAAGUCCUCUUAUUUUGCUUGAGCACCAACAGAAUUAAAAACAUAAAAAACAAACAAAAAAAUACCUCGAAUGACUUAGGAAGAACAUGUCUUCCCUAGUUUAAUUAGUCUCUGUUAUAACCAUUUCUAUAUCUUUUUUGUAGCUUUCAGUCUGUGAAGUCAUUUACCUUUGCAAUGUCUGCUUUAGUACAUGCCUUGGAUCCUCAAAGAGCUGUAAGCUUCAUGGAAAAAACCUUUCAGAAGUGAAGCCUUUUGAGGAUUAUAAAAUGGUGGCAGUGUUAGUCCUUGCUCUACCUCAGUUUACCUGCACAUUCUUUCUUUCAAUUAUGUGGAUUCUUUCACCACUUUAAAUUUUUUCCCAGAUAUUUUUCCUGAGCUCUAUACCAUGCAUUUAGCUGCCUAGUGAGAAUUUCCAGCAGGUUAUCCCAUAGCUACUAGGAAGUUAACACAGCCCUAAAACCUGUUCCUCCUUGUGUUUUUUCCUAACUCAAUGAAUGACAUCACUGUAUUCAGACCAGAAAUCUAGAAGUCAGCCAUGAUUCUUGAUUCUAUCUUGCCCUUCUCAAAGAGUCAGUUGCCAGUUCUGUUAUUUCCGACCCCUUCUUUACCCUUCUCCCAAUCCUUAUCUUCUUACUCUUUAUGUGUCACAUGAUGAAUCUUUCUGGGAGGCAAGUUUUAUCUUAUUCCUCUGUUUAGGAGUAACCAUAGUUAACUUACUAAUUCCAUCCCAGAAAACCUGCAAUUCCUGAGGCCAGAACUGACACUUUGGGCCUAAAUAGCAGCCAUAAAUAUCCCCAGCAACUUGCCAGGCUCUAGCAUGUGACAUGGAGCUUUGGCAUCUAGCUAAAAUUCCUCAACCCAUAGUUAAGCUAGUCCUCUUUCUCAAGAAAAUGAGAGAACUGUGGAAACACUGAAAGCAAAGAGAGCAGCUCUGCAUUCAUUCGUGUCUGGAGAUGAGCCCAUUUGAGCACCACUGUAGGCCAACCCUAAAUUUAUUCAGAUUAUUAAUGUUGGUAACCCAGCAAAUAUUUCCCAACAGUGACCAUCUAUACCCUUUAUCUAAAUAAAUAUUGAGAUGUGCUUUAUUCCUGUGUUAGUUCAAAGAAUCUCUUCUUGCCUCCCAUUGUAUUGAUGGAUUUCUUUCUCUCAAGAGAUUGGUUAAGCUAAUGGUCUAGAGAGUUCAAAAGUGUUUGAAGGUAAUUUUAAGUGUCGUCACCACAAACAAUGCUAUGUAUAUGAGGUGAUGCAUAUGUUAAUUAGUUCAAUUGAUCCAUUCCACAAUGUAUACAUAUAUCAAGUUGUAUAUGAUAAAUACCUACAAUUUUUAUUUGUCAAAUAAUGAACAUCUAUAAAUAUUUAUGGGUCUCAAAAUUAAGAAAGAAGUAUACAUGGAGCUAUGGUUGUUUUCACCAUCUCUCCAUGCUUUUUGUUUGGGGAGGGGCGCUUUUUUGGGUGGACUUUUUGGGGAAAGCACCUGACCAACAGAACUUUGUGUCUCUCCCAAAGUGAGAGAUUCAGCUUAUCUGAUCAAGGUGGAUUUGCCCUUCAAUAGGCUUGCCCUUGUUACUGCCCAAUCAGACCACCAAGGACCAAGAAGACUUGAGUUUUCUGAGGGUCCACCCCUUUCAACAAUUUAGUUGAAUGACUCUCUUCCAUCUAGCAGUCUAACUCCAAAUAUAUGAAAUUACUAUACAUUGAAAUGCAUGCAAACUAUAUGCAAAAAUGAGUAUGAGGAAAUCAAAUGUAAAUCACAUGCAAAUAUUAUUCAACCAAGGUUCUAUAGAAUUGUACAUGUCAAUAACACUAAAGGAUUUUAAUUAAUUCUGCCAUUUAAAUUUGAUGCAUUUAUUCCAUAUUUUGCUUUCAGAAGUUAUAAUAUAUUCAAUGUCAAUUUUGAAAAAAACUAAAGCAGAAGAAAUUAAACACUAUUUAGUAUAGAACCGUUGAUUUCAACAUAUACUACAGCACUGUGACUGAUUACAGAUAUAUUUGAGAGAGAAAUCACAUUUCUAGGUGGUAAUUUUUAAAAUAAAUAAAAUUUUUAUAAACUUAAAUGUGGAUUAAGUGGCAGAAUACAGGGAUUUGGAUGUUUAUAAAUAUUAUUCUAGUAUGUAUUCUUUUUACUUAGGGAUUUCUUUGCUUGGAACAAUUUAGAAAAUUUAUGUAAUGCAUUUGUAGGACUUUCUAGAUUUUAUUGGGAUUCAAAGAAUUAAUUGUCUGUACAUUAUCUCUUAUCAGUCUCAAGGUAAUAUUAUCUAUUAUCACUUUACCUUUUAUUUCAAAAUUAGUAGCUAUAACAAGAUGAAGGAAAUACCCACUCUUCUCUCCAUUUUAUUAAUAAAAAACAGUCAGUUGCCAUAAUUUUGUUAUGGUCCAAAGCAAAUUGCAAAAUUUGUUUGGACUAUAUUUUUUCCUUUUAUCACUUCUUCAAAUUAAUGGUAUAUCAUUUAGUAGAAUGACUCACAUAGAAAAGUAUUUAAGUUAUGCUGUUAUAUAGUAAAAAAGCAAAUCACAAAAAAGUCUGCACAGCAUGCUUUUACUAUAGUUUGUUUAUGUAUAGAACAAUUAUGAAAAGAUAGCCAAGAUAAUUUUGUAAGUAAUAGUUACGUCUGGGGAGUGGAGUAGAAAAUAUGGAUUUAUUUGCACUUCAAAUUUUAUAUACUUUUGUAUUGCAAUACUUUUAUAAAUAUAUUUACUGUUAAAUUUAAAA